AUGCGUAUUCUAAUGGUCGGUCUUGACGCUGCAGGUAAAACUACAAUUUUGUAUAAAUUGAAGUUAGGUGAAAUUGUUACAACCAUUCCGACAAUUGGUUUUAAUGUCGAAACUGUUGAAUACAAGAACAUUAGUUUUACAGUUUGGGACGUCGGUGGUCAGGAUAAAAUUCGUCCACUCUGGAGACAUUACUUUCAAAAUACACAAGGUUUAAUUUUCGUUGUCGAUAGUAAUGAUCGAGAACGUGUCGGUGAAGCUCGUGAUGAACUCCAACGUAUGCUUGCUGAAGAUGAAUUACGAGAAGCCGUUCUUUUGAUAUUUGCUAACAAACAGGAUUUACCAAAUGCCAUGAAUGCCGCAGAAAUCACCGAUAAAUUAGGCCUUCACUCGUUGCGAAAUCGUAACUGGUACAUCCAAGCAACAUGUGCAACAAGUGGAGAUGGUCUCUACGAAGGUCUCGAUUGGCUUUCCAAUCAACUUAAGAAUGCCAAAUAUCUUCGAAAAAUGAAUACGAUAAUGUGUGUCGUUCUUAUUUUCCCCAUCUUUGUGUGGCAUAGUACAGCUUAUGAUGUCUCUUACAGUAUACGACAUACUUUCAAAUUGGAUCAAUCUGAUGAUGCGCUGUACGGUUUAUUUCCACAUUGGGGUACUGUUCUGUUGAUGCUAUCAGGUCUUUCCCUUUUGAUUGCUGUGGCUGGACUCAUUGGUUACUUACUUGGAUGUCGAACACCACCACCACCGAUUCACCAUACAUCGACCGACUCAACUGCUCCAUUUUUUGUCAUUCAGAAUUUUACGAAAGUCUUAUAA